AUGGAUAAUGAUAAAAUUAGUCAAUUGGCUGAGAUGGGAUUUAGUCAAGAACAAUCAAAACUAGCGUUACAAUUAGCUAAUGGUAAUUUAGAAGAUGCUAUUGCUUAUUUAUUUGAUGAACCAAUUGAACAACCACCACUACCACCAAAUCAGCAACAUACACCGACUAAUGAAAAUAAUAAUCAAAUUAUUAAAUAUCAAGAUAGCGUACAAAUUAAAAAUCCAAAAGAUAUACCUGAUUUUGGUCCUUUAACUUCAGAGGAUUUACUACCUAGCGUAAAUAGUGAUAUUUUACAAUCACUGUCAGAUAACAACCAAAAUAAUAAUAAUGUAGAUUGGGAUCAAUUUGAACAUAUUGAACAACAAGAUGUAGAAAGUGUAUUUGAUUAUCCAAUAGGUUAUGAAAAGAAUGAAACUGAUUACAUACCUGUUAUUUUACCAAAAUUUAAAAUUUCAUCACAGAGUGUUAUAAUUGCAUUGGUUGCAAUUUUUUCACAAAUUAGUCAACUUAAAGAUGUAUUAUUAAGUAAAAAUUUUGAAGAUUAUGGAUUUAGUGAAAAUUGGUUUACUCAUGAAGCUUCAAAUGAAAUUGAAAUACCAGAAGGUCUUAAUGAAAAAGAAUAUAAGUUAAUAAUUGAAAUUCAAAAAUUUAUAAUAUUUUUAACUACAAAUUUAAGUAAUAGAUUGUUUAUCAGUGGUGAAACGUUUUGUAAGAAUUUACCAAAUGAGUUAAUAAACCAAGAAAAUGAUGAUUGGGAAGAAAUAUUAAAAAAAUUCAUUCCAAAUUUAAAAACUUUAGUUGAAAAUAUUCUAAAUCAAGAUAUUGAUAAAUUAUUUUAUUCAAAAGUUGAAAGUAUUUCAGGCCAAACUGCAUCUUUACAUAAUUUUAUACUUGAUAGCGAUAAUAAAGGUAGUUCAAUUCAAGAAAGUUUUGAUAAAUUAUUCUGGGAUGGUCCAGAAUUAGUAACUUUAACCAAUUUAUCAAAAAUUAUAAUUAUUCAAGUAAAUGGAGAUGAAUUAAGUUAUGAAAUUCCACAACCAAUUCAAAUUGAAGAAAUGUUUUAUCCUGGAAUUUAUUCAAAUGAUAUAUCAUCAAUUAUAAAAUCGAUGAAUGAAAAGAAAGAAAAAGUUAAAAUUGAAAGAAAUCAAAUUACUAAUAAAUUAAUGAGUUUAAAUUCUUUUGAAGGUAAACGAAUUAAAACAGUAUUACAAAAUUCAAUAAAUUAUAUUAAAUCAAUUAAUGAAAAUGAAGCAUUGGCAGAUUUAACUAAAUUAACAAAAAAUAUAAAUAAUGAAUCAGAAUAUUUAAAUAAUAAAUUGCUACAAUUGAAUUCAGAUUAUGUUAGAUAUGAAAUUAGAAAUCAUGAAAAUGUAUUAAAAUCAAUGAAAGAUGCUAAUUUACCAAUUCCAAAACCAUAUAAAUUAAUUGGAAUAAUUGUAUCUGAUUCUGAUUAUUUUUAUAAAUCAAAAUUAUACAAUAAUAAUGUUGAAAAUUGGGUUUAUUUUACUCCUGAUGAUGAUAGAAAUAGAGUUUUAAGAUAUAGAUCAGAAACAAUGUCAUUUGAUCAAGUACAACAAGUUAUUACUGAUUUAUCAAAAAAUGGUUCAAAAUCUUUUCUUCUAAUUUAUGCUGAAGAAGAUGAAAAAGAUGAAGAAGAUGAAGAAGUUGAUGAAGUUGAUGAAAUUGAAACACCUGAAAAUUUAAAACAAUUUUUUAUAAAAGAUAAUGAAUUAGUUAAAGAACAAGUUGAAAAAGCAAAAGAAAAUGAUAUAGAAAUUGAAGAAACGGAAGUUAAUAAUAGUGAUAAUAAUAAAGAGAAUGAUGAUGUUAAAUUAAUAGACUUAGAUGAUGAUUAUAUAGAUGAUGAUGAUACUAAUAAUAAUAAAGAAAACGCAUAA